ACUCAGCGGAGUCGCCCGGAAGCCGGAAGUGCCUCUUGAAGUCUGGGGCGGAGAAGUCCUUCCGCGUUUUCCUUUGACCCUGUGGCGGCGUUGCCAUGGCAAUGCGCGAGGAAAGAGCCUUGUUGAUCCUAGGCCGCGCGAAUGGCGAAUGAGAAGCGGGUUCGUCGGUGUUUGGCUGCUCUAAACUUUGCAGAUUGAGGCCAAACAAUGUCUGAACCAAAAUUCCGCGAGGUGUUGCCCAAGCAAGGAAUGUUAGCAGUAGAAGAUGUGACUACAAUGGUAUUGUGUAAGCCAAAGCUGCUCCCCUUAAAAUCAGUUACACUGGAAAAGCUUGAGAAGAUGCAGCGUGAAGCACAGGAAACAAUUAGGCAGCAAGAGCUUGCCCAGCAGAGUUCAAAAUCAAUAGAGUAAUAGGAAAAAUAAAGAAUAAUGUAUAUAGCAAUUCUUUAUUCACCAUUAUGAUAGAUUGUUUGCUGAUUGCAACCCUGUAAAUAUUUUAAAAUAUCUUGAUUAAAAUGGCAUUUGAUGUCCUC